UAUUCCUUUCUCUGAUCCAGCAUGUAUGUGUGUUUGUGUUCUACCUGCAUGACACUAGGCUGAGUGUGUACAGUACACACUGUGCUGUCAUGUCACAGUAGUUUACUCACAGAAAACAAGCACUGACUAGACAAAUUUAUUCUAACGACUUUCCAUAUUGACAGACAAAACAGUUUCACAUUUCGCUGCUGUGCAUGUACAGAGAGAGAGCACAUUUCUUCAAAAUAUUUUCUUUGAUAUACUGCAGAAGAAACAACAUCAUACAGAAAAUGGCUGAAUCUGACUACCUGGACUACACCUGUCCACUCUGCACAGACACCCAGCGAGACCCCGUCACCAUCCCAUGUGGAGACACCUUCUGCUUGGAGUGCAUUAAGAUCUACUGGGACCAUUCUGACCACCUCGGCGUGUAUAGUUGUCCUCAGUGCCAGGCGACCUUCACUCCUCGGCCCAUACUCAGACGUAACGUACCCCACGUAGGCAACCCGGAGCCUAGGCCGCCCCCACGUGAGCUAACUCCUUUUCCCUACUUCAAGCGUGACGCGCUGUGUGAUUUCUGUACCGGCCGGCGGAGCAAAGCGGUGAAGUCGUGUCUGAUGUGUCUGGCCUAUUACUGCGAAACGCACAUCAAGCCUCACUAUGAAUCAGCCACAUUUAAACGACAUAAACUGGUGGACGAGACAGGACACCUAGAUCGGAAAAUCUGCCCGCAGCAUGAAAAAGGCUUAGAGCUUUUCUGCCGCUCAGACCAGAUGUGCAUCUGUGUGCUGUGUACAGUACGAGAACAUCGCAGCCACAACAUAGUCAGUGCAGACGAUGAACGCACAGAGAAACAGAAAGUCUUGGUUGUGACGCAGACAGAGGUUCAGCACAUUAUCCAGGACCGAAUGAAAGAACUUCAAGAACUCAGACACAACGUGGAUGUUCUUAAGGGAAAUGCACCGCGGGCACAGACUGACAGUGAUAAAAUCUUCAGCGAGAUGUUACAGGCGGUAGAGCGAUGGCAUGCUGAGAUAAGCCAACUCAUACAGGCCAACCUACAGGCCUCCAUGGCUCAGGCUCAGGGUUACAUAGAGCGACUUGAACAAGAGAUCAUGGAGCUUCAGAAGAGAGAUGCUGAACUACGUCAAAUACUUGACACAGAGGACAACAUUCACUUCCUUCAGAAUUUUCCCACACUAUCGGUUGCACCGGAGCCCAUGGUGCCUAAAGUGCUGAUAAACCCAGAGUUUUCCUUUGGUGAGAUCACCAAGACCGUCUCUGACAUGAAAGAACACCUGGACAACAUCUGCAAGAAAGAGCUGGGAAACAUCUCCAAACGAGUGAGUGACACUUCAGUCUAUGUCCUUAUUCCGAGGUCUGGAGGACGUUUGAAUGCUCCGAUAAGAAAUGACUUCCCAGAGCCUAAAUCAAGACUGGACUUCCUCAGAUAUUCUUGUAAACUUACAUUUGAUCUCAACACCGCCCAUAAAGAACUAGUCCUCUCAGACGGGAAUCGCCGGGUGAUCCGUAAGCGAACAACCCAGUUCUACCAAGAUCACCCGGAGCGGUUCGAUGGAUUUUGCCAGAUCCUGUGCAAGGAGCCGCUCAGUGGAUUACGGCAUUACUGGGAGGCAGAGUGGAACGGUGAAUUUUCCAUUGGAGUCGCCUUCAAGAGCAUCAGCCGUAAAGGUAAGAACUCCAACAGCCUUCUGGGAUACAAUGAUAAAUCCUGGAGUCUCCUGUGCUCAGACUCUGGAUACUCCGCCUGGCACAAUAAGAUGGAUAAAGAUCUGCCGGGAGCAGCUCGUGCCACACGGAUCGGUGUGUAUUUGGAUUACGCUGGAGGAUCUGUAUCCUUUUACACUGUGUCUGAGACAGUGGAGCUCAUCCACAGAUUUCAGGCCACGUUCUCUGAACCGCUGUACGCUGGGUUUGGAGUUGGAUCAUCUGUAACUUUGUGCAUGCUGGAGAAAAACUGCCGAACAUACCGCUAAAGGGUUCUGAGUUUACCUUUGAUCCUGAGCUCUUAAUUGAUUCAUCAAAUAGAAUCUUGAAAGGGUGAACAGUGAAAUUGAAAAUCAUAUUGAAUUUAAGACCAC